AUGGAGUCCUACGAUCUUCUGCCACUAGACCAAAUGACGUGUCAAUUGAGAUAUCAGCUCUACAAAUCAUCUAAAGACGUCAUCAACGCCAAUCAGCCGGGUACGAUGUUUGAUGGCGCCCUUAUCUCCAUGCGCCUACGAACUACGACCCAUCUACUCAUGAUCACUGCCGAAGUGGGCGAUUACUGUGGAACUGCAUGGGUUCUGGAUGAUUUGAAUGAUUCUUUUCUACUCAAAUGGUACUUCGCAGCAAAAGACUUGGAUCCAGUCAUGGCGGCCAUAGGAAAUGGUCAUAUCGACACAGUGAAGCUUUUCUUGCUCUUGACAUCUUGGAGCGUUACCGAAGAGAUGUUGACGAGAGCCCGCACCUUUGAGCGGCAGGAAAUGAUUGCCUUUCUGGUCAGGUGGCAGCAACAGCCCAGGGUGUUGGAGGAUGCAGACAAAGAUAGGGUUCGAGUAGGAUGGAAAGUCUGGCGGCAAAGCCCUGACAUGCGUUUUGAAGACGUCUGGGCUGAGAUGGAAGAUGCAGCCUGA